UUCCUUCCCGCUCACACAAGAGUCACUUCCGAAGAGAGAGAACCGCCAUGAAGAGAGCAGGGGGUGCCGCCCACCUCUGUUCCGACAGCCUCCCCGAGUCCCAGCAGCAAGACGGCAACCACGCACCCAACUUCUCCAGCCACAGCUCAUGCCGCCGUCGCCAGCGGCGCCGACAUGACAAGGCGCUGCAUGCUCGCUAGGCCAGGUUUCCCCUCAUCCCCAGCCCCGGGGUCGUCGCCCCCGCGCUGCCAUCUGAGACCCGGUAGUACCGCUCCUGCUGCAGCGGGAAAGAGAACAGAGAGUCCUGGGGACAGGAAGCAGUCAAUUAUAGAUUUCUUCAAACCAACUUCAAAACCAGACAGACAUAUGUUGGAUUCUCCACAAAAAUCAAACAUCAAAUAUGGAGAAAGUGGCUUAUCCAUCCCUGGGACAGAGCAGUUUGAAAGGAAACUAUCCUCGCCAAAAAUAUCUAAACCCAAAAAGCUGUCAUCAGAAAAGAGCUCUAUUUUAGAGGCUUUAAUGAAAGGUGUUAAAGAGCACCCUAAAGAUCAUGAGUCAUGUCGGCCUUGUGUGUCACUAACCACCAAAUGUCCAAAGACACUUACAAAGACUGUCUAUAUUCCUCCUUCAUGUCACUUGUCUAAAGAGAUGAAGACACUAAAGAAAAAACACCGAUCUCCAGAGAGAAGGAAGUCACUGUACACUCAUGAAAAUAGCAGGGAGAAGAAUGAUAGAGAUCGAGGCAAGACCAAUGCAGAUUCCAAAAAGCAGGCCACAGUGACAGAAACUGACAUCUUCAAGAACACCUCCAGAAGUCUUAGCAGCAGAAGCAGCCUAUCCAGGCAUCAUCCAGGAGAAAGCCCACUCGGAGCUAAGUUCCAGUUGUCACUAGCUUCUUACUGCAAAGAAAGAGAACUAAAGAAGUUAAGAAGGGAGCAAAUGGAACAGAGAAUCAACUCAGAAAAUUCUUUCUCAGAAGCAAACAGCCUUUCCUUAAAAUCCUCAAGUAUAGAAAGAAAUUACCAACCAAGGCAGGAACAAAGUAAACAGAAUGAUGUCAGACCUGGAAAGACUAAUCUCUCAAACCUGGAAAAUGGACAUCUCUCAAGAAAAAGAUCGUCUUCUGAUUCAUGGGACUCUGCUUCAGCAGGCUCUAAGCAGAAUAAAUUCCCUGACAAAAGAAAAAGGAACUCUGUGGACUCAGAUCUGAAAAGCACAAGAGAAUCUAUAAUGCCAAAAGCAAAAGAGUCCUUCCUUGAGAAGCGUCCUGAUGGACCACAUAAGAAAGAGAAAUUUAUAAAACACAUUGCACUGAAGACACCUGGUGAUGUAUUGCGCUUGGAAGAUAUAGCCAAGGAACCGAAUGAAGAAGCUGACCGCUCCACUGCAGGCUUGGCACCUUCAAACUCUGGCCACCAUUCUUCCAGGAAUAGUGACCAAGUCCGUGUGGCAAGUACCAAAGAGACUAAGAUGCAGAAACCCCACUUAUCUUUACCUCAGGAAAAGUCUACAGUUAAAAAAGCUAGCAACCUUCAGAAAAAUAAAACUGCUAGCUCCGUGGCAUCAAAGGAGACAAAACUUUUACCUUUACUUUCCCAUGAUCCGAGUGCUGGUUCCUCUCGGGUACCAUUAAAUUCUAAAAAAGAUAAAGAACGUUCUUCAUCUAAAGAAUGUUCUGGGCAUUCUACAGAGCCCUCCAAACACAAGGAACACAAAGCAAAGACUAAUAAGGCUGAUUCUAAUGUAUCUUCAGGGAAAAUUUCAGGGGGAUCUUUGCAUUCAGAAUAUGGCACUCCUACAAAGUCUCCCCCGGCUGCUUUGGAAGUUGUGCCAUGUAUCCCAGCACCUUCAGAUAAAGCCCCUUCAGAUAAAGAGAGUUCAGGAAAUUCUAAUGCAGGUAGCAAUGCACUGAAAAGAAAACUAAGGGGUGGUUUUGAUAGUGAUGAAGAAAGUUUAGGUUACAACCUAGACAGUGACGAGGAAGAGGAAACAUUAAAAUCCCUGGAAGAAAUAAUGGCUUUGAACUUCAAUCAGACUCCUACAUCUACAGGAAAGCCUCCUGCUCUUUCCAAGGGGCUUGGAUCUCAGUCAUCAGACUAUACAGAACAUGUUCAUAGUGGAACUUAUACAAAUACUCUAGAGCGUCUAGUGAAGGAAAUGGAAGACACACAAAGGCUAGAUGAACUACAGAAGCAACUACAGGAAGAUAUUAGGCAGGGCCGAGGCAUUAAAUCCCCAAUCAGAAUUGGAGAUCAAGACAGUACAGAUGAUGAGGAUGGCCUCUUAGAAGAGCACAGGGAAUUUCUAAAGAAAUUUUCAAUUACAAUUGAUGCUAUUCCUGAUCAUCAUCCAGGUGAAGAAAUAUUUAAUUUACUCAAUUCCGGAAAAAUUUUCAAUCAGUAUACCUUGGAUUUAAGAGACUCUGGUUUUAUUGGACAAAGUGCUGUAGAAAAGCUUAUUCUUAAAUCAGGAAAAACCGAUCAGAUUUUUUUGACGACGCAAGGCUUCCUUACCUCUGCUUAUCACUAUGUCCAGUGUCCUGUACCUGUGUUAAAGUGGCUGUUUCGGAUGAUGUCAGUUCAUACAGACUGUAUUGUGUCCGUGCAGAUUUUAAGUACAUUGAUGGAAAUAACAAUUAGAAAUGAUACCUUCAGUGAUUCACCAGUUUGGCCUUGGAUCCCAUCAUUGUCUGAUAUAGCAGCUGUGUUUUUCAAUAUGGGAAUUGAUUUUAGAUUUUUGUUUCCUCUGGAGAAUCUUCAGCCAGACUUUAAUGAAGAUAAUCUAGUUUCUGAAACACAAAUGACACUGGGGGGAAAAGGAAGUGAAGAUUCAUCUUGUAAGCCGAUUUUUUCAACUCUUCCUGAAACCAACAUUUUAAAUGUGGUUAAGUUUCUAGGCUUAUGUACAUCAAUACAUCCAGAAGGUUACCAGGAUCACGAAAUAAUGUUGCUGAUUUUAAUGUUAUUUAAAAUGAGUUUGGAAAAACAGCUGAAGCAGAUUCCUCUAGUGGACUUUCAAAGUCUCUUGAUAAACCUGAUGAAAAACAUCAGAGAUUGGAACACAAAGGUGCCUGAACUCUGUGUGGCCAUAAAUGAACUCUCCAGUCAUCCCCACAACCUUCUGUGGUUGGUACAGCUGGUCCCUAACUGGACAUCCCGUGGAAGGCAACUGAGACAGUGCCUCAGCCUAGUGAUUAUUUCAAAGCUUUUGGAUGAGAAACGUGAAGAUGUCCCUAACACCAAUAAUCUGCAGAUAUCAGUCCUACAUCGAUAUCUUGUACAAAUGAAGCCUUCUGAUUUAUUGAAGAAAAUGGUCUUGAAGAAAAGAGCUGAACAACCAAAUGGCAUCAUUGAUGACAGUCUUCAUUUGGAACUUGAAAAGCAGGCAUAUUACCUGACCUACAUUCUUCUUCAUUUAGUUGGUGAAGUUAGUUGUUCCCAUUCUUUUUCUUCUGGACAACGGAAACACUUUGUGCACCUCUGUGGGGCUUUGGAAAAGCAUGUUAAGUGUGAUAUUAGGGAAGAUGCAAGACUGUUUUAUAGAACUAAGGUAAAAGACUUGGUUGCCAGGAUACAUGGAAAAUGGCAGGAAAUUAUCCAGAACUGUCGGCCAACUCAGGGGCAACUUCAUGACUUCUGGGUUCCAGAUUCUUAACAGGAGUUGCAACAGCAAAUAUAUGAACCAAGAGAAAUUCAAUAAGAGCCUUUCCUAGAGGAGUAUAAAGGGUUACUACAAAAUCCAGCGGAAUGCUAAGAAAAUGGGCAGCAAGUGUGCCACUGGAAUAUCUAGUUUGAGGCUGGUAAUAAAAGAAAUUGCCAUUUCUGAAGCAGAUAUGAAACACAAUCUGCUUAAUUAAGGCAAUUGGCCUUUUAAAAGAGUAGAAUCCUAUAACAGGCGGGAAGAGUAGAAGCAGCUUAUAGUUGCAUGUCUUAUCUGCCCCUAUUAACUAACUCCUCUGUUAAAUGAUAAGCCAGUGGUGUUUUUUUUUGUUUGUUUGUUUGGGUUUGUUUUGUUUUUUAUUGUAUUUGUGGCACUUGGAUAAUCACAUGAAAUAUGUAAGAAAAGAUUUGGACCAAUGUGAGAAGUUGUACAUGGAAACCAAGACCAAGUUCUAGUUGGGUUUAAUUUUCCCUUUUGGUUUUUUUAAAACUUAAUGGAAAACUUUCAAAUGAGUUUAGUAACAAAAAGGAUAAAUCACUUGUAACUCCUACAAACCAUAGGAGGUUCCAAUCCAUGCAUUUUCCUUCACUAUUCAAGAUUAUAAAUCUGUUAGGUUUUUUAAAAUACAUUUAAAUGGUUGAGAAAUAGAAGGUAUAUUGUCAGAUCCCCUUAAGGGGCAAAGGUUAAGCUAUAAAAUAGUGGCUCUGUUUUCAUGCCAAAACAUUCAUAUGCAGGUUGUUUUAAUUUCCAGUGCAUUUUUUAAAAUACCGGUUAAAUCAUAGAAUCUUGGCUAAAUCUUAGAAUUCUUGCCCCUAGUAGCCAUAUUACAGAAGUGUCUGUAUUGUAAAAGCUUAAAUAUCUGGACAAGUUUCCAAAACCUUAUUUUCAUGAGUAUAUAACCUUGGCAGAAACCUGAAUGGUGUUUAUUCUUUAGAACAUUGCCACAUGUGUUUGCACAUACACGUGUGUUUGUGCUUGUAUUUUAAAGUUGUUGCACUUAAAAACCACAGCUGCUCUAAAUUCUUAAACACUGGAAAGCCACCCUUUGGUUUAAAUGGUGGAGGGUUAGUGGAAAUACAUAUGCUGGUCUUAGCCCAAGGGCCCUUUGAAGCCCUUGGUAGUAAUAGACUCUUAUUAGCUCUGAAAAAUUCUUUUGUUGACUGAGUGUCCCUUUUAGGAGGGUUUCUUUCAUAAAAGAAAAUUCCAACUUCUUUUUUUCUUUCAGUAUUAACUUGGCUGACAUUGCUAGCUAUCGUGAGCACUCUGAGGUCUCCAAUUGUGGGGGGAAGAUGAUGGGAAAGGGAAUUGGACUUGAUGUUUGUAGUUUGAUAGAGGAGAAAAUAAAUUUUGGAAAAUUAGCUUUCUACCUCUGAAUUGAGGCUUAGGAGUAAAAAACAUUCUAUCUUUAAUUUAUCAUUUAAAAUACUUUUGAGCCCAUGUCAAGCAUUGAGCAGUUAGAGAUUUUCUAGGGAAGACUAAGUAAAUUCAGUUCCUAAGAACCCUGUCAGACCAACAAAAGUUUUAUUCUGUAUUGAGUUUACUGGUAAGAAUAUUAACUUGAUACUACCUCUUAAGGGUAUUGUUAGAAAAUGCCACUUAUGGUUAAUGAGAUAGAUACAAAGAGUUAUAUUUGACAGAAGCUUGAAACUCUGGCAUCUAUCUGCCCAACAGUGGGGGCUUUCACUCUGUAAUUUAAUACUUUGUAGAUACAUUAUUUGUGUGUAAUUUUAUAAGUGUUCAUAUUUUUCUCAUUUUGCAUUGUGUAAAGUGUACAAAAUCUCAAAAGUAUAAAAUACUGCUUAUAUUGCUUGUAAUUACAGUGUGUAAAUAUUUUCUAAUGUGUACAUUGAUGGGGGGGACAAGUGGGUUAUUCAGGUGUGUUUUUUUUUAAGUGACCCUUUUAUAUUGCAGUUUCAACAGGUAACUGCCCAUCAAAUUUAAAACCACUUUGAUACAUUUUUAUUUAGCAGUUCCAAUAAGAAAAGUCUCUAUUUUUAAUUAUCUUUCUCCAUUAGAGAAAUAUGCUUCAUGUGUCCCUUUAAAAUAAAUGGCCAAACAUCGGUUUGGACUCUUGUACUUGUGACUCUGGUAGACGGCUUCAGUCUCCAGGUCAUAUUUCAGUCAGUAUUUGCAUUCAGGUUCUCAUAAAAAUUGUGUGAUUCUCUUUUAGCACAAGUAGCCCAUGGUUUUUCUCCCAAAUCAAGUACUACCCUUCUCUCUCUUGAGUCCCCUUGCUUUGUCUCCCUCCUGCUGUUGUUGCCCACCCAGUGAAUGGGAUGGUAGUGGGGGAGAAAAUGUUCAUUGCACAGAGAAUGUCAGGCCAGUUUUGGGACUUGGCAAACAAAGCUUGCACUGAGUGGUGGUGUGUUUGGCAGUAUUAUUACUGUGCCAAAAAAUCACCUUGUCUAAUUUUCUGGAUAUGUAUGUCAAACUUCCUACCCUUAUUGCAAGCUAAAAUUUAAGGUAUUUGUAAGUGUUUAUGCUUUUGUGUGUAACUGUUUGCCUUUUCUAAACUGCUUUUCUUGUUAUCUGAAAAUACAAUUCUAUUCGUUAUAUCAUGUUAAGUGAAGAUGCUCUCCAUGCACAAAAUGCAUCUAUGUAGCAGUAAAGUAACAGCAUUUGUACAUUUUCUGUCUAUCUCCUGACGGCAAUGGUGCCUUUGUCACCUUUUAGAAGGUUGGCAUUUUGUUUUUAUUUUGAGAUACAAGUAAUAGCUUGCUUUUGACUUCACAAAUAUCUCCCCAGAUGUAAAAGAGAGAAAAUGGUGUGUUGUCAUCCAGGCUCAGUUGGAACAUUUGCAUUUUUAUUUCUGUCAAGCAAGUAUAGUUGGUGGGGACUGGCCAGUAAUAAUGUGUCAAGUCUUUAAACCAAGAAUAAUUUUUACAUUUUAAAAUAAAAAGAGUUGAUCCAUUAACAAGUGACUGAGUUUGAAAAUUAGGAAAGGACUGUCCUGAUUCACCUCCACGGAGGCAAGAUUAGGGUGCAGAUGGGUGGGCAUGAAGAGCAUGAUCUGUGGUUAUUUAUUACUUCUUAACAGUGUUGGUGCACCUCUAAUCUGUGUGUUUCUUUUCCCUGGGCAGUCCUGUCAGCCAGUUAAUCCACCAGCUCCUAGGCAGUUUACAAGGAGAUACAGGUUUUCUUUUUCUUUCCUUUUUUUUUUUUUUUUAAAGAUUUAUACUACAUCUUGUUUAAAGUCCUAUGAAUGUAUGUGUGCGUUAUUAAAAUGGCUUUUUCUCAGUUUGAA